CUGCGAGACUACGGGAUUGCGAUGUGCUGAGGAAAAUCAUGUGCAAACAAGCUGAGGAAAACAGGCUCUAUGGUGCUAUUUGUGCUGCUCCGGCUGUCACCCUUUUGCCAUGGGGGCUUUUGAAGAAAAAGAAGAUAACUUGUCACCCUGCAUUCUUCGACAAGCUUCCAACCUUUUGGGCUGUCAAAUCAAAUAUUCAGGUUUCCAAAGGGCUCACAACCAGCCGUGGGCCUGCAACUACUUACCAGUUUGCUUUGUCGUUGGCCGAGCAGCUAUUUGGAAAGUCUGUUGCCAAGGAGGUUGCAGAAUUGUUGUUGAUGAGAACGGAUGAUGAUAAUGCAGCUAAGAAGGAGUUCAAUAAAGUUGAAUGGUCUGUUGACCACCACACCCCUAGUGUCCUCAUACCAAUUGCGCAUGGCUCUGAAGAGAUUGAAGUAGUGACUAUGGUAGAUAUUCUAAGAAGAGCAAAAGCUAAUGUCACAGUUGCUUCAGUUGAAAAAUCUCUUGAGGUUUUGGCUUCGCAAGGAACCAAAAUUGUUGCUGAUAUCUUAAUUAGUGAUGCUCAAGAGUCAGCACAUGAUUUGAUUAUUCUUCCAGGAGGAACUGCUGGUGCUCAAAGAUUAAGCAAAUCUAAAGUUCUGAAGAAGCUUCUUAAAGAACAAAAUUCAGCCGGAAGGAUAUACGGGGCGGUCUGCUCUUCACUUGCCAUUCUACAUAAACAAGGUUUACUAAAGGACAAGAGGGCCACAGCUCAUCCCUCUGUCUUAGACAAGCUUAAAGACCAAGCAAUAAAUGGUGCCAAAGUAGUCAUUGAUGGCAAACUGAUCACUAGUGAGGGACUUGCCACUGUUACGGUUUUAGCAUUGAUCAUUGUGAGUAAGCUAUAUGGUAAUGGAAGAGCAAGAAGUGUAGCAGAAGGCCUUGUUUUCGAAUAUCCUAAGAAGUAAAGUGCGUGGUUUUGAAGUACCUGUGGGCAGGAGUACAAACAAUAUAGUUAGAAUAAUAGAAGAUGAGGGGUUUAUCAGUCUUCUCCAAGCCUACGCCUGGCCAACAGCUCCAUAAUAUCAUUAUGAAUUGUCUUGUCCCCUAUCACUUCGGAAACAAGGAUAAAUUGCAGUUUUUGUGGGCAAGUCUUUGAUCAACUUGUACAGAGUCAUGUCUGAUUCAGUAUCUCGUUGGCAAAAUCUACCAGCUGAACCCACGCUUGAUUUGCUUGGUAUCAAUUCAUUAUUCAUGUCCCCAUUUGGCAUAAGUUUCACAUACAUGGAUGGUAGCAAUCAUUCUUCUGGGUUUGAUUUCUGGAGGAGAUGUCGACCUGGGAAUGCCAUUGCUAUUGACUCAGACGGGAACUUCUUGGUUUUCAUCACUGGUAUGGAGUAGUUAAAACACUGUAGACUGUAGUUGACGACAGUUUGAACAUUCUAAUAUAGAAUAUAAAUUUUCCUUGUUAGCGUAUAUGAACAUGCCCACAACCCGCUAUGUCAUAAUGUAAUUAGCCAAAUAUCAUCUUGUAUCACAACUCAAUAUAAAUCAUGUGGGGCUUUUGUAGAAA